GCUUAUCUGCGGAGGGUCGGGCGCGAGCGAACAUGGAGGUUUAGUUAUCGUGUAAUAUCUCCAGAAGGAAGAAGCCGUUGAAGAUAGUUUUCCCCCUUUGUUCCGUUAAGUGGUUGUGUUCAGCUCCAACAUGGACAUGAAGAAGAGGAUUAGUUUGGAGCUGCGGAGCAGGAACCCCAAGGAGGUGGUGGAGCUGGUGGUGGAUAACUGCCGCUCCAGUGAUGGAGAAGUGGAAGGUCUGACAGACGAGUACACCGAGCUGGAGAUCCUCAGCAUGGUCAACAUCGGCCUCUCGUCGCUCGCCAAACUGCCCUCGCUGCCCAAACUACGCAAGUUGGAGGUGAGUGAUAACACAAUCUCCGGUGGUCUGGACUCUCUGGCGGAGAAGUGUCCCAACCUGACACACCUGAACCUGAGCGGCAACAAGAUCAAAGAUCUGAGCAGCAUCGAGACGCUGCCGAGCCUGAAGAACCUGAAGAGUCUGGACCUGUACAGCUGUGAGGUGUCAGCGCUGGCCGACUACAGAGAGAGCAUCUUCGAGCUGCUGCCUCAGAUCACCUUCCUGGACGGAUACGACCAGGAGGACAACGAGAUCCCUGACUCGGAGGCCGAAAACGACGAUGAAGAUGACGACGAUGAUGAUGAAGAGGAUGAAGCCGGUCCCCUUCGAGGCGGCGGCGAUGAUGAUGACGAUGAUGAUGAUGAAGACACUGACAGCUCUGAGGGAGAAGAGGUCGGCCUGUCGUACCUGAUGAAGGAGGGAAUCCAGGACGAGGAAGAUGAUGGAGACUAUGUGGAGGAAGACGAGGAAGGCGAGGAGGAAGAGGAAGAUGGAGAUGUGGAGGGUGCAGAUGUUCAGGGAGAGAAGAGGAAGAGAGAUGCAGAGGACGACGGUGACGAUGACGACGAUGAAUAGCCCCCCAGCUGUUUCCCUGGUAACCAGACGGAUCACAGAGCAGAACUCCGCUCUGAUUGGACCACACAUUGAAAUCAAUAACACACAAGUUGUUCAAG